CCGCCAUCAACAACACCUCACAAGCUCGUUCUGAUACGCUUCUCAGAGAACGAAGAAAGACAAAGUGUGUUUAAUUUGUGAAGACUGAUACAAUGGACGAGACACUCAUUGCCACUAUCAACAAAUUGCAGGAUGCCCUAGCUCCAUUGGGUGGAGGCUCUUCCUCACCGGUUGACUUGCCACAGAUCACGGUUGUUGGGUCGCAAUCCUCUGGUAAGUCUUCUGUCUUGGAGAACAUUGUUGGACGUGACUUCUUACCACGUGGUACCGGUAUUGUGACCAGAAGACCUUUGAUCUUGCAGCUUGUUAACCGUAGACCUUCUAAGGACUCCAAGAAGGACACCAAGGAUCUCUUGAACUUGGAAUCUGGAUCCAACGGGAACGGGGGCCAGUCUGAGGACAACGAGGAUGAAUGGGGUGAAUUUUUGCACCUUCCAGGUAAGAAAUUCUUCAACUUUGACGAGAUUAGACAAGAAAUUGUGAACGAAACCGAGGCCAAAACGGGUAAGAACGCCGGUAUCUCUCCAGUUCCAAUCAAUUUGAGAAUCUACUCUCCACACGUCUUGACUUUGACACUUGUGGACUUGCCAGGUUUAACAAAAGUCCCAGUUGGUGAUCAACCAAAAGACAUUGAGAAGCAGAUUAAGGAUAUGAUCCUCAAAUUUAUCUCAAAGCCAAACGCAAUCAUCCUCUCCGUUAACGCCGCCAACACGGAUUUGGCUAAUAGUGACGGUCUUAAGCUUGCUCGUGAAGUGGACCCUGAAGGUUCCAGAACCAUCGGUGUGUUGACAAAGGUUGACUUGAUGGACCAAGGUACCGAUGUCAUUGAAAUUUUGGCUGGGCGUGUGAUCCCAUUGAGAUAUGGUUACGUUCCAGUUAUAAAUAGAGGUCAAAAGGACAUCGAACAGAAGAAGACCAUCAGAGCAGCUUUACUAGAUGAAAAGAAAUUCUUUGAGAAUCACCCUUCGUACAGCUCAAAAGCUCACUAUUGUGGUACUCCAUACUUGGCUAAGAAGUUGAACUCUAUCUUGUUGCACCACAUCAAGCAGACUUUACCAGAGAUCAAGUUAAGAAUUGAAACCGCAUUGAAGAAGUACCAAUCUGAACUCGCAUCAUUGGGCCCAGAGACUAUGGAUUCACCAAGCUCUAUCGUAUUGUCCAUCAUCACUGAUUUCUGUAAUGAUUACAACGGUAUCUUGGAUGGUGAAGCUAAGGAAUUGUCAAGUUUAGAAUUGAGUGGUGGUGCCAGAAUUUCCUUUGUCUUCCACGAAAUUUACAAGAACGGUGUCAAUGCAUUAGACCCAUUUGACCAGAUCAAGGACUCUGAUAUUAGAACGAUCAUGUACAACUCCUCGGGUGCUGCUCCUUCACUUUUCGUCGGUACACAGGCUUUUGAAGUCUUGGUCAAGCAACAGAUCCAUAGAUUUGAGGAUCCAUCCAUACGUUGUAUCAAUUUGAUCUUUGACGAGUUGGUUCGUAUCUUGACACAAAUCUUGCAAAAUCCAAAAUAUUCAAGAUACCCACAGUUGAAAGAGGCUCUCUCAAACUCCUUUAUCGAGUUCCUGAGACAGGCAUUGAUCCCAACCCAAGAAUUUGUCACUGAUAUUAUCCAAUCUGAGGAAACAUACAUCAAUACAGCUCAUCCAGAUCUCUUGAAGGGCUCCCAAGCCAUGGCUAUGGUGCAGGAGAAACUUCACCCAAAGCAAGUUCAAGUUGAUCCAAAGACAGGUAAACCAAUUGCUUCUCAUUCACCGGCCCCAUCUAUUACUGAAGAUGAUAAGAGUCAAGGAUUCUUUGGUGGCUUCUUUUCAUCAAAGAACAAGAAGCGCUUGGCUGCUAUGGAAGCUCCUCCUCCGGUUCUCAAAGCUGUUGGUGCCAUGUCUGAUCGUGAGACUAUGGAAACUGAAGUUAUCAAGCUCUUGAUUCAAAGUUACUUCUCCAUUGUAAAGCGCACAGUUGCUGAUAUUAUUCCAAAGGCUAUUAUGUUGAAGUUGAUCAUCAAGUCCAGAAAUGAUAUUCAAAAGAUCUUGUUGGAGAAAUUAUAUAGUUCUAGCGACAUGAGCGACUUGGUUAAGGAAAACGAGCUCACCAAACAGAGAAGACAAGAAUGCUUGAAGAUGGUUGAUGUUUUGAGACAUGCAAACGAGAUCGUCUCGAGUGUUUAGCUGUGAGGCUUAUUAUUGUUCUUUAUCGAGGUAUCUUUUUUUUUCUCUUCAGAUUUGUAAAUUCUAGACUUUAUGUUAUAUCAUGCUGAUUAUAAGCAAAUGUUA